AUGCAAAUGGACGAACAACCUGACCUUGAUAGGAUCCUAGCCGCUUUACAUUUAAAUACAACAAGCAAAUUAGGUGAACUUAGUCAAGUAAAAGAACCCAAAGUCAGUCUUCCUAACAAAUUUGAUGGAAAUCGAUCAAAGUUUAGAGGUACCAAAGUAGGGUUUAUUGGAAGUCUGCUUUCUGAACCUGCCCUAGCAUGGUUUGUCCCACUUCUGAAAAAACAAUCACCAGUGCUUUCCAACUUUGAUAACUUUGUUCAAGAGUUUGAAUCCAUCUUCGGAGACCCUGAUAAGGUUAGAACAGCAGCCAACAAAAUUAGAAAACUUACCCAGGGAGAGGCAGCUUUAAUCGAUCAAUUUAGAACCGGACUCAGGGAUGAUAUAAAGGAUCUAUUGCUCACCAUGGAUGAUCCCACCUCUCUAAACGAUGCUAUCUCAAAGGCUGUUGAUGCAAUAAGGUUGAGAACACUUACUGUUAAGGAAAAGCGAAGGCGUCAAACGAACAAUCUUUGUCUAUAUUGCAGCGAGUCAGGGCACUUUGCCAGGAACUGUCCCAAGAAAAGCGGUGCCCUAUACAGAAUUAAUGCAACUGACACUAUAUCAGAGCAUGUUUCAGGAAAAGAGGAGCCCCAACUGCAAUAG